AUGAGCAGGCUUCGCUUUCGUCGAGAUGCUGGUGAAGCAACAGGUUUCAUGCCUGAAUGGCGUGUGGCCAAUCGGUCCUUCACUGUUCCGCCAGAGUUUGCCCUUGGAUCUGCAGUGAAAAGGGUCACGGACUACUUUGCUUCCCCCCACAUGAAUUUGGAAUUCUCUGAAGAUGCAGCCCAGUGGCACACGUCAUACCAAGGAGGUCUCAAUGUGCAAAGCCACGUGGCACGAGAGAAAGGGGACACAAUGUCAGGUGCUAGGAUGGGAGCUGCACCUUGGCAGAUUGGGGUUCUCUCUGGAUGCCUUCUAGUGUAUGAAAUCUUUGCCGGGGUGUACUCAGCAGAGCAGCUGGAAGCAAGAUCUUUGCGAAUCACAGCAGACCAUUUGAAGAGGGCCUUUGCCUUGAUGAAAAUCGCUGGAUCCUCAGUUGUCCUGCACUGCCGUCAGAUACGCGUCCACGCGAUCAAGGCCAUUUCUUUGGGCGAGGAAGGAGAAGAACCUGGCCCAAACCAGCAAGUAGUCCCUCCACCUGAUGAUUUCUCCGCCUUGGAAGUGCCAGACCAAGAUUUUGAGCAGUCAGAGGCAGAGGCGCCAGCAGACGAGGAGCAAGUGGACAGCGAUGGGCGCCCUGACCAUGAAGAAGAUCAUGAUCAUGGGGAGGCAUCUCCGGCACAGCAGCCGCCUCCUGAACCAGCGCCGCUUCCACCAGUGCAAGGGCUCCAGCCACUCAAUAUCGACCAAGUGCGAUCGAUCGAUUUUGGUUAUGGCGAUCGUGGUCUUUCUGUUCAGCCCUGCUUGCACGCAAAGCACUUGACAGACAGGUACAUCGCCAAGAUGACAUUGCUACAUGGCACGCCAAAGAUCACCUGCAAGCAAGCCUGUGACGGGCUCCGCAGUUCCAGUGACAAAGGCCGCAAAGCGCUGCCUAAAACCAAUUGGAUGGCCGUCAUGACCAGUGCCUGCAAGGAAUGCCCGAUCCUCCAGCUGAGCGGUGAUGAGUUGCACGUGGCCAGAAUUCCAGAUGAUCCUGGCCUCCGUGUCCAGUACCACAACCAUCUGAUGACAUUGUGCGGUCUCACGCUGCGUGAGCUGGUUGGUUCCAUGACGCAGGCAGUGGAGAAAGCAAAGCAAGCUGCUGUCAAACAUGACAUGAAAGUGGUCAAGCACCGCGUGCGAGGUGACAAUGGCAUCGAACUUCGGCUCUCUGAGAUUGGGGGUGAAGGCAGAUCUGCAUGGGUCUCUGAAGGUUCUGUGAGCAAGGCUUUGCGGGAAGAGUACUUCAACAGGGCCGGUCAGGCACGGCAGAAGCAGCGGAAAAAAGUCGCCUGCAACCCUUGCCAGCUGAAGCCGAAGACGAAGGCAGCUCGCCAACUUUACUCCUUCCGGACUCCUCGCCAGAAGAUUUGCAAGCAGUCACGUGCGCCACACACAAAGAAGACAGAUCUGAUGUGA